UGUGGUUUUGCACAUGCAAUACGUCAAUACAAGAGUGGUUUUUGACCUCUUUGUGGCUAUAUAAACAACUCAGCAGAGGUGCUGGCUCAAAAUGCUGUCCUUUCUCAAGCAAUGGUCCAUGCCAACCACCAGGCUUGCUGUGAGGUGUGUGACUACAAGCUCACAUUCCAAGCAACAAGCUGCUACAAGACCACAACAAGCCAAACCAUUCAACUCAAUCCCAGGACCCAAGCCUCUGCCAUUACUGGGGAAUUUUCUAGAUAUAGCCAAGGUUAGGAAGAGUGGCGAAAAUCUUGCCGAGUUCUACGACAAAGGAUUCAAGAAAUAUGGAGAAAUCAUGAAAAUGACUUUACCAGGUGUUGGUCCCAUGGUGAUAGUGGCGGACCCUGAUGUACUGGAGGAGGUACUCAGAGCUGAAGGGAAAUAUCCACAGAGAGACAAGUUGUUUAGUCCAAAGAUGAAAUGGUUUAUGGACCAGCAUGGAACACCAGCUGGAAUGUUUCAAAGUGAGGGAGAAGACUGGAAGCGAAAGCGUGUUGCAGCUAGCAAGCAAGUACUGCCCCGGAAUGUGAACAGCUACAUUGAGGGCCUGAACCCUAUCUACACUCGAUUCUCUGACCAUCUGAGAAAGAUAAGAAGUGAUGAUGGUUUGAUUGAGGAUUUCACUCCACUCUCUAGGAAAUUAACUAUGGAAGCAACUGGGAAGUUUGUGUUUGAUGCUGAUAUGGAUCUGCUGGUUAAUCCGAAUGAGGAGGAUAUCAAAUUCCUCGAUAAUGUCAACCAGUAUUUCGAGGGAAUGGGAAGGUUGGCGUAUGAGCUUCCUCUGUACAAGAUCUACAAAAACAAUCUGUACCACUUCUACAUGGAUGCUAUACAAGGGACCUAUGAUCAUAGCAGCAAGUACGCCAACAGGUUGCAGGAGAAGCUAGAGAGAGGUGAGAGCAGUGAUGUACAGGGGAUGCUGGAGCAAUGGCUGAGUGAGAAGAAGAUGUCUACUAAAGAAGCUGUGGUAUUAUCAUCAGGAAUGCUUAUCGCCGGGGUCCACACGACUGCCUAUCAGUCCACGUACCUCCUGUUUGAGUUGGCUAGGAACCCUGAGGUCCAGGAGCGGCUCUACCAGGAGAUACAGAGUGUGGUGAGAGAGCGACCUUCCACAGCUCAGGACCUAGAGGCAAUGCCCUACCUCAGAGGAUGCAUCAAGGAGUGCUUCAGAGUCAGGAGAGUUGGAAACAGUGUCCUCCGUGUUCUGAAUGAGGAUGCCGUCAUCCAUGGUUACCAUGUACCUGCCGGGGUGACUUUUCUCUACUCGAGUCACACGGCCUCCAAUAAUGACAAACUAUUUGAGGAGCCAUCAAAGUUCAAGCCAGAGAGGUGGAUGAGAAAGGAUGGACCACAGCAGCAUCCCUUCUCAAUACUGCCGUUUGGGUUUGGACCUAGAAAUUGCUAUGGGAAAAGAUUUGCAGAAUUGGAAAUGAAACUAUUGCUGAUUGAAAUGGUUCGUAACUUCACUCUAAAAACAAGCAAGGAGGACCUGAAAAUGGUUGAGCAAUUGGUCGUCAUAGUAAAGGAGGACGUGCCUCUUUAUUUUACCGACAGAAAUUAAUUUGUUAUAGCAGGGAACUAAAAUUCUGUCAUUUUAGUAUCAAUCUGUUCGUUGUAUGCAGUGCAGGGUUACCGAAUAGCAGGUAAUUUUUUUUUUGUGGCAAAUUUUUGUAUAUUUCAAUUGAAUCUAGCGGUAGAAUAAUUUCGUAGUUUUAAUUUUUGUAUGAUUCUCUUCAGUACGAAGUAUAUAUACCACCAUACAAAAGUAACCUGCUAUACGUAGUAUACGGUAUAUUUGUAACAACGUAUGCCGGCACAUGAUGUUGUAAUACAAUAAUCGGCCACUUAGCACCUAUAACAUAAAUCAAGUUAGUAUAAGUCUCAGGCAAAGAACUAUACUUGUGUGGUGCAUGUGUACAUGCAUGUAUGACAUUGUGGUUUUGCACAUGCAUGUAUGACAUUGUGGUUUUGCACAUGCAUACACACUAUAUAAUGAUGUUGCACAUGUAUCUCUUUCCUUGGCAAUCUGUUGUAGAAAUUACAACAACGGUAACGAAUCGUUAUGAUGAAUUAGAUGAAGUUGUAUGUGAGCUCCUCCCUGACAAACAAACUGUAGUCUAGGUAACGGCCUUAUCAGUCAAGUAGGCUAAAAAUCUGUGUCCUUUGAUGUAAGCUUUGAUGUCUCUUUGUGCAUAUGUAGUUAAAAAAAAAAAAAAAAAAAGAAAC